UUACCGGGUUCACCCGGGGCGCAGGCCAGGGGCAUUAAUAGAAUUCCCGAAAAGCAAAAUCGUCCCACGGCUGAAUGUAAUUGGGGACGUCUGCUAUAGGAUAUAUAAUCAUUAAUACCUGAGCACGCUCCUUUCAGAGACGCAGGAGAAACAAGCCAGCUCAGGGUGACCAUCUGUAACAUCUUACUUGUUACUACUACAACUGAACCAGCUACUACCAGACCUGUACCCAGCAUCAUGCUCCUUGUCAGACUGACUGCGUUCACCUUGCUGGCUGCAGUUUGCUGUACACUACCAGCUGCAGCGACAAGAGUGGUCACCUGUGACAAUGGAGAAAACGUCCAGUUCCUGAUCUGUGAUUCUGGAGUGAUCUUCAUUGAGAGAGCUCUGUAUGGAAGGACUGACGGAACCACCUGCAAAGAAGGACGACCUGCCAACCAGCUGACCAACACACAGUGUUCACAGACAGGCACCCUGGAGGUCCUCUCACACAGGUGCAAUGGGAAACAGGUGUGUGAAGUGAACACUGAAGUCUUCCGUACUUCUGACCCCUGUGUUGGAAUCUACAAAUACCUGGAUACCACCUACACCUGCCUCCCAGCAACACGCAGCAUCACGUGUGAAGGCUCUGAUGCUCUAUUAGAAUGUGAUGAAGGUACGAUCCAGAUCCACAGUGCCAACUAUGGCCGCCGUGACCAGCUAGUGUGUUCCUUUAAUCGGCCCACUAACCAACUAGCCAACACCAACUGCCUGAGCCAAUCCAUAACCACCAGUAAGGUAGCAAAGAGGUGUAAUGGGAAGAGCCAGUGUGACGUCCCGGCGUCCAACUCUCUGUAUGGAGAUCCCUGUGUAGGAACCUACAAGUACCUGGAUGUGGCUUACACCUGUGGCUAAAUGAGAUCUUCUCUGAGGAACAUAGACCAGAGAGACCACUUGGAUAUCUCCCUCUUCAUUGGGUGGAUUUGUAUUUCUUUCCUCUCUUCUCUCCUCUGAAGUCUCAAUUGAGUGUAAAAUCUAUGUCAAUUCAAAAUGUGUAAACUCCAUUGAUUGUGUAUUUCAUCAGGCAUAAUUUGUGUGAUAAAACCAUAAUGAGGCCCCUCUUGUGCUGCAACAAUGCACGGUCAGGAGGAAGCAUGGAGAAAUUAAACAUUAACCCCAAAAAUAAACUAUUCUUCAAAUAACACUGA